AUGCCAAGCCCCACUCACCCCAUCCACAUCAUCGGACUCGGCAGCAUCGGCUCCUUCAUAGCUCACUCCCUUCGUUCCCUCCCCAAACCCCCACCAGUCCACCUUCUCAUCCACCGCAAAAGCCUAUACGAUGAAUUCGCCUCCAAGGGGUGGAACCUCGGCCUCCGGGUCAGCGAAGAGGGUACGCUCCAAGAACAAGGGGGUUUCGACGCUGAGUUGCUGAGCGAAUCCGCCUCCUCGGAACCAAUUCAUAACUUAAUCGUUGCGGUAAAAGCGUCCGCGACGAUAGCAGCCCUCAAGCCCAUCCAGCACCGGCUCGGACCGCAGUCAACGAUAUGCCUGUUCCAGAAUGGGCUGGGCCAGAUCGAGGAUCUAAAUGAGCGAAUUUUCACGGACCAGGCGGCACGGCCGACUUACAUGGUUGGAAUUAUGCGGCAUGGGGUGUACUUGCGGUCACCGACUGAGGCGAUUUUGUCCGGGUUAAAUGGGCGUGCGGCGAUUGGGGUCGUGGACGCCGCGGAUCAGAGGCCGCGACAAUCAAACCCGCAAUUUCUGCUGGAUACGCUGCUGCGGUCGCCUAUUCUGCGCUGCGAGCAGCUAGAAUGGAAAGAUCUACUUCAUAAUCAGCUGCUCAAGCUAGCGGCGAACUGCGUGCUCAACCCGCUGACGGCAAUCCUCAAUGUGCGGAACGGGGUGAUUAAGGAGAAUCCGGAUUUGCAGCCACUGAUACAGCGCCUUCUCGAGGAGAUAUCCUUGGUUUUUCAGAAUUUGCCUGAACUAAAGGACCUGCCGAGUGAUCAGAAAGAUCAUUUCUCAGUUGGCUCGCUCCAGACUGUUGUCAUGGAUACCAUUGAGAAGACCGCGGGGAACUCAAGUAGUAUGCGCGAGGAUGUGCGGAAGGGCCGGGCUACGGAAAUUGAGUAUAUCAAUGGCUGGAUUCUGAGACGGGGCAAGGAGCUAGGGAUUGAGUGCGACGCGAAUGCUGGAUUAACGCAGCUGGUGCUUGCGAAGAGCCGGUUGGGUAUGGACCCUUACAGCUCGUAA